CUUCGAUUUAUGGCCUCUUAUCAUCUUCCACGUUUAAUGUCUGUUUCUUGUCUCUCUGCAGUCGACCCUCAUAGCUCCUUUGCCCUUUGAUUUCACACCGAAAAUCAAAGCACAAUUGUUAAUUAAAAGCUUAUAUUUUUAUACAUUUUCUUCAACAAUUGCUUGCUGGGAAAUGGAGCGUUAUGAGAUACUCAAAGAUAUUGGAUCAGGCAACUUUGGUGUUGCUAAGCUCGUUAGGGAUAAACGUACCGCUGAGCUUUUUGCUGUCAAGUUUAUUGAAAGAGGCCCCAAGAUUGAUGAGCAUGUGCAAAGGGAGAUUAUGAACCAUAGGUCUUUGAGGCAUCCAAAUAUAAUAAAAUUCAAAGAGGUCCUGUUAACACCAACACAUCUUGCCAUAGUUAUGGAGUAUGCAGCUGGAGGAGAACUUUUCGAAAGAAUAUGCAAUGCUGGUAGAUUUAGUGAAGAUGAGGCAAGGUUUUUCUUUCAACAACUGGUAUCAGGAGUGAGCUAUUGCCAUGCAAUGCAAAUUUGUCAUAGAGAUCUGAAGCUGGAAAACACUCUAUUAGACGGAAGUCCGACGCCGCGACUCAAAAUAUGCGACUUCGGCUACUCCAAGUCAAGUGUACUUCAUUCCCAGCCCAAAUCAACUGUAGGAACACCAGCUUACAUUGCCCCAGAGGUCUUAUCUAAAAAAGAAUAUGAUGGCAAGAAUGCAGAUGUGUGGUCUUGUGGGGUUACUUUGUAUGUCAUGCUGGUUGGAGCUUAUCCUUUUGAAGACCCUGAAGAUCCAAGAAACUUUAGGAAAACAAUCCAGCGGAUUCUGAGUGUCCACUAUUCCGUCCCCGAUUACGUUCGACUCUCCAAGGACUGCAAGCAUCUACUAUCCAGGAUUUUCGUAGCAGACCCCGUAAAGAGAAUAACCAUACCAGAAAUCAAGCAGCACCCAUGGUUUUUAAAGAACUUGCCAAUGGAGAUCAUGGAAGGAGAGGAUGGGAAACUGAGAAUUGAGGAAGAAGAUGAUCAGUCUCAGAGUAUUGAACAAGUGUUGUCUGUAAUAGAUGAGGCUAGGGAGCCUGGUGAGGGUCUUAAAGUUGGUGCUCAAUUGCUUGGUGGUAGUAUGGAUCUUGAUGACAUUGAUGAUGCAGAUGUAGAUACCAGUGGUGAUUUUGUAUGUGCUUUGCAAGUCUGAAUCAUAACCUUUUCUAAACCAACCUUACUGAAAAUUUAAUAAUAAAAAUGGAAGCAAUUUGUUA